UCAUAAUUAAUUGUGGUAGAUGGAAGACGUGAGUACAAGAAAGGCAGUACUAUUGGUUGGUGGGUUGAUCCAGAGGAGUAUGCCAUCGUCGAAUUGGUGAAGGAUGUGCAAACUUACUACCAGUGGGCAGAUUAUCAGGAUGCAGAGUUCUGGUAUGUUGGUGAGGGCAAUGACUAUGUGAAGUUGUGCAAUGAUGUUGAGCUUCUAUGUUUGCUUAGAGCUUCCAGGAAAGUGACUUUUGAGAUGAAAGUUGUAGGAGAGCAGCACAUGAUUGAAACAGAACAUGUUGAGCAGCAUGUUAAUGACAUGCAACUUGCAGUAGUUACUGACAAUGGAAUGGUUGAACAGGCUGUUGUUGUGAAUGAGGAGCUGUGUGAAGGCGACGAGCUUUUGAAAGAUCCCGUAUUUGGACAUACCGUAGCUGGUCCGAGUAGAGUAGAUGAAGAAAAAACAGAACACUAUAUGAUAGAGGGUGUUGAUCCUGAAGGAGAUGAGCCAGCAGGUGCCAAUGAGGAAUGGAGAUACUUCAAAAAAGGGAAGAAGGUUGCUGACAAGGCAAAGGAUAAAGAAAAGGAGAAAGCAAGAGAGAAGCAGACUCCAAAUCCUGAGGCUUUGCCUAGUGAUGCGGGAAAGGAACAAGACCAUGAUCCUGAGGCUGUGCCUAGUGAUGAGGCAGUUCUUGUUUCUUCAUCUUACAUCCCUAUCACAACCUUCGAUAGGGACAAUCCAAAGAUAGUGGAAGGAUCCACAUUUCCUGACAAAGAUGGUUUUCUCAUGACUUUUAGGCAGUUCUGCAUCAAAAAUGAAUUUGAGACAAAGCUUAAACACAGCGACAAAGAAAGGUACAGAGCAGUUUGCAAAUUUGCUGGAUGCCCAUGGAAAAUACACGUGAAGAAGUUACUUGGUUGUGAAACUUUCAGGGUUGUCCAAAUUGGUCCUAGGCAUUUAUGUACUAGCACUAGUAAGGUGACCGGCAAAGAGGCAACUGCAGCUUGGAUUGCUGACAGGGUGAAAAAGAUGUUACUCAAAAAUGCAGCAAUUGGUGCCAAGACCUUGAAAGAAAGGUUGGAAGGUCAGUACAAUGUAACUUUGUCAUACAGCAAGGUCUGGGAAGGCAAGUGUCGUGGUCUUCUUCUCUUUGUUUGCCAGGGCCUCUCACCCAGGCAGUUCUUCUGCUGCCGCUGGCUCAUCAGUGGGGGUCCAGGCAACCGGCGCCUCGGCGGCAAUGGUGGAAGCGACGGCGGAUGUGGGGAGCUCGGGUACGGCGACCUCCGCUAA